GUCGCACCACACCUAGUAGACCCUAUUAAAUGGUUCUUUAUUAAAAAAAAAAAAGCUAGAGCCUAAAAAUCAGCGACGCCGAGCGGAUCUGCAGCCACCUCAGUCACCGGCGGCGAUGGCGAGUUCCAACUCCGGCAUCCCUAUCAAGGCAGAACAAGAUUCGGAUGGCUCGGCACAAAGCACAGCUGAUAUGACUGCUUUUGUGCAAAACCUUCUAGUGCAGAUGCAAACCAGGUUCCAAACUAUGUCGGAGAACAUCAUUUCAAAGAUAGAUGAAAUGGGUGCUAGAAUUGAUGAAUUGGAACAGAGUAUCAAUGACCUCAAGGCUGAGAUGGGCAAUGAAGGCAUGGCGACGCCAUCUAAGAUAAAGGAAGAGUCAAAACCUUCAGACAGCUCUGCAUGAGUGCAGCAAAAACAGCAUGAUUCAUUUGAGACAUCAUUGCUGUAUCUUGGGCGUUCAUCACUAACAAAUAUACCCUGUUAUGAGGUUUCAUUUGAGCAAAGAUUGUAACUCAUGCUACUAGUGUUUUGCUGAAUGGUUUGCUAUAAAUUGUAUCCGUCUUCGUUCUCUGUAGACAUACUUGUGCUUAUGAGCAGAGCAUGUACAUUCGUGUCAUGACAGCUGCUAGAGUGCUAGCACGUAGAGAUCUAAUCUGGCAUCUGUGAAUGAUCACCGCAAUUUUUCUUUUGUCUGACAUCAGAUCAAUAGUAGAAUGAGAUUUUUGCAA